AUGAAGAUUUCCGUCAUCGCAACCGGGCUUUUGCUCGCCAUCGCAUCCACCACCGAUGCCUGGAGCAUCCAGCUCAAAUCCAGCAGCGGCAAAAAACUCAAAAUGCACGGCAGGGACUUCACGAACGGGAAGUGCAUUAACCUGAACAAGGCCUUCUCCGCCAAAAGCGUCAGCUUCAAUCCUGCGACGAAAUGGCUUCCAGAUCCCAAAAAUGUAUAUUUCUACAGUGGGAAAGGCUGUGAAUACAACAACGGCAAGCUUUCAAACAAGCUGAGGAAGUGGACUUGGAAGAAAUCUAGAACCAUCCGCGCCUACCAGCUCACCAAGGGAUCGAGGAGACGAGACAUCGACGGGGAGGAUGUGGACGGUGACGAUGUCGAGGAUUACGUUAACGACGAUUUUGACGACGGAGAUCAAGCUGUUGAUUUGCACGGUGGGGAUGGUGGGGAUGAUGGGGACGACGGGGAUGACGGGGAUGACGGGAGUGAAGGGGACGAUGGGGAUGAUGACGACGACGACGAUGAUGAUGGAGAUGAUGGAGAAGACGGUUUGGAUGGUGGCAUGGGAUAA